GAAGAAUGACGGCUCGAAGAUGAUCAAGGCGGAGCCGCAGCAGCAGGUCUCGUCCAUGAUCACCGUCGACGUCGAUUCCCAGGCCCUCCACUGCCCCAAAUGCCUUGGUCCUCUUGUUCCUCCGGUCUUCCAGUGCGCGGCCGGGCACGUCGUGUGCCCGCCCUGCCACGGCGAUCUCCCGGACAAGGGUAAAUGCGAGUCCUGCUUCGUGAAGACGGGCUACGGCUACAGCCGCUGCUUCGCCCCGACCAAGUACACCCGCUGCCUGGCCGUGGAGCGCAUCCUGCGCUCCAUCCGCGUCGCCUGCCCCAACGCCGGCGCCAAUGGUUGCUCCGCCAAGAGCAUGCCGUACCACGAGAAGGCGGGGCACGACAAGAAGUGCCCCGGCAAUGGCAUCCGUGAGCCGUCCAUCUUGGAGAUGGGUCCUUGCGGCGGCGCCGUAUCGUAAAUGUGGCCGUCUACCACGGCAGCGCCGUGGACGCCCUGUGCGUGUCCUACGAGCGGGACGACGACGGCAAGGUGGAGCAGGACCAGCUGUGGGGAGGACCUGGAGGCA